CUCUAUCUAUACUAUAUCGUCGAUAUACGAAACUAUCGACUGUUCUUUGAUGGAUGCGGUGUCGAACAUGACAGGAACCCGCCAAUCCGCUCCCAGAACGCGUCGCUCCCAUACGCUGGGUGGCUGCAACACCUGCCGACGACGCCAUGUCAAGUGUGACCAGAAACGGCCUUCUUGUCAGAUGUGUAAGGUCAUGGGCAUGGUAUGCGAGGGGUUCUCUGAUGAAAUCCGAUGGAUGCCCAGCAGGAAGCAUCAGCAGCCCCAUCGAGGUCUUAAAUCCCGCGGCGUGAAUAAGCACGGGGCACGACGCCACCUUUACACUGAGCAGUCUAGGCUAUCCAUGAGCGAUGCCUUAGGUGCCGACCUCGUUUCAGGAUCCAUUGACGCCUCCCUGGCGGAGAUCGAUACCAAGUCGCGGGACCCUGAAAGACCAGUAAGAGAAGAUAUUGUUGUUGGUCCUUUCUCAGUUCUCGAUCUUGGUCCUGCUCCGGGGGUAACUGCGCAGCCCCCGCAAAACUUUGUCGUUGAAAUGGUUGAUGAACUUUCGACCGAAGUUCUUCCACCCGAGGAUCUAGGCACCGCGCCUUUCACCCGGAUGGAUGCCCUACCUGAUCUCAAUGACUUUUUGCAGUGGUCUGACAUUUUCAUGCUGGGCUCAGAGCUUCCAGGGUCCUUCUUUCAGGACCAUUUCAGCGCAACUGAAGGGCCUUCGAUUCUCUGGGAUACUGGAGCUAUUGGCACAGAACCUGAGAGCCUGACAUAUCACACACCUCCCUACUCGGGUGAUGACUUGGUACCAGCGACUCAAGAGGUCCCGACUGAACCAAGAAGUGAAAUGUGGUCCAUGUUACCUUCUCAGGCGCCGCCCGUAGACCUCAAUGGCCUGUCAGUUGGGGUGCCAUCGGACACACCUUUCUUGUUGCGACACUUUCAGGACCAGGUGAUACCCAGGAUCAUGGCCUUCCCGUUGAUCGAGAAGCCGCCCUGGAAGCUGUUGAAUGUCCCGUCUGCCCUGGUGACGUAUACCGACCUGACCUUCAUGGGAUCUCAGAGCAUCAGUCAUGCGCGACAGGCAAACCUAUAUUGUCUCCUUGCCUGCUCUGCCAUGCACCUCUCAUUGAACCCAUCCUUUGGCAUUGUUAGCACUGCCGAACAUUGGAAACAACUAACAGAUCGCACUUAUCACAUAGCCAAAGACCACAUGCAACGCUCGUUAAAGGAGGAAGCAUGUGAGCCGAAAAAGGCAAAAUACAAGGAUCAGUUAAUGGCCAUCUGUGCCUUGACAGAAUUUGCAGUUCUUUCCGGUCAGCAACAGGAUGCUCGGUGUUAUAUGGUCGACGCGGAACGCUUAUUACGCCUUCGCGGGCUGCCCAAGCGCAAAAUCUCUCAAAAGGCUCGGUUACUGCAUCAUGUAUAUACCUGGCUCAGGAUAGUAGGUGAGAGCACUUACGCCCUUCACGACUAUACUCCACACGAAACUUUCGUCCAGAAUAUCAAUCGACAUUCCCGUUCUGAGAGACUCGCUUCAAAUAGCCAACCAGACUCGGGAGGGGAGAGUGAUCUGCGUCUUGAUGAUUUUCUUCGCAUACACCCGAAGCCAUCAGACAGUGAUCUGAACAUCGACGAGCCAAAAGAUGACGAGAUUGGUCUUCACGAUAUUCAUCUGUUAGACUCUCGGGAAUUUUCCGGUACUCUCUACCGACAGGUCUACGGCAUCCCAGAAACUUGGUUGAGUCUAGUCUCACAGACGACUCGGCUUGCCAACGUCAUGAAAACACUUGAAGUUUUCCGUAGCACGUCGAAAGAUAAAGAGGGUACCCUGGAGGCACUGGAAGUACUCCAGCGACGCAGCUCCCGUCUCGAGAAUAUGAUAUGCUCCUUCAAGCAUAGCAGAACAAGCAAGACUGCCUCGGAUCAGCACGAUAUCUCCGUCGCACCACACAACCAUUUCAUCCGGGCCUUAAACUCGGCCUUGGUCAUAUUCUUUUAUCGGCGCGUGCGUCAGGUACACCCAUCCAUUCUAGAAGGCCACAUAGACGAUGUAAUUACUGCCCUACAGGAGUUCAACGCCUCUUUAUCCGAAGGCAGUCAGACGGGUCCUGGUACCGUGUGGCCUUUGUUCAUUGCGGGAUGCGAAGCCAUGACGUCUACCCGGCGAGAGUCUAUAUUGAGCCUUCUUGAGGCUGGAGAAGCCAAGUGUCAGUUCGCGCCCUUCAGGACUGCCAGGAAAGUGAUGGUGGAAGUAUGGAAUUGCCAAGACGAUGGUUCGUCUUGGUCUCAGCGUGAUUCUAUACCUACAUGGCUCGACGUGGUUAAGCGCCGACGGAUAUGGCCCAUGCUCUGCUAG